GUCUGUGUCUCUUUCUCUCUGAUCCACUCCUCCAUUAUUUUGUGUGUUCAGAGUACUACACAAACCCCCAAGCUGGCAUCAUGGCCCAUUCCUGUCACCUGUCUGCUUUUCUCCUCAACCCCCUACUGUAAAACCACAGUAGUACAUACCACAUACAUACAUACACGUAGUCGUUCCUCUUUCUCCUCACCUGAUUGUUGCUUGCUUUUUCUUUCUCAGUAUAUGUAUUAGGAAAAUACUUGUAAUAAUGAUUUCGCCCUUACUUAUGCGCUGUUGAAUGGGCUUCUGGGGACGUUUAAGAUGGAACUGGGUUCAAGCUCUUCUUCUUCAUCUUCUUCAGCUGGGAAAGCCUCUGAUUCUUCGCUCAAUAUUGGGUUGAAGAUUGGGCAGAAAGUGUACUUCAAGGAUGUGGGCGGUGGGUCGUCGGCGGCGGGGGGAGGUGGUGGGAGUGCGCUGCCGCCGCCGUCGCCGGCGAAGAAAGGGCGGAGUGCGGUGGUGCAGGGCGGGCAGCCGCCGCGGUGCCAGGUGGAAGGCUGCAACACAGAUCUGAGCGACGCCAAGGCGUACUAUUCGCGGCAUAAGGUGUGCGGGAUGCACUCCAAGUCGCCGACCGUCAUUGUCGCCGGACUUGAGCAGAGGUUCUGCCAGCAGUGCAGCAGGUUCCAUCAAUUGCCGGAAUUUGAUCAGGGAAAAAGGAGCUGUCGAAGGCGCCUAGCUGGUCACAAUGAGCGACGAAGGAAGCCCCCACCUGGAACUAUGUUGCCGUCACGCUAUCCUGGACUUUCUCCACCAUUGUUGGAUGGCAGCAGCAAAGGCAGUGGAAGUUUUCUGAUGGACUUUGCUUCGUACCAAAAUCCGGGUGGUAGGGAUUCGUGGCCUAAUACAAGGGCGUUUGGGCGAGCGUGGGACGGCCAAAACACUCCCCCGGGAAGGUUUCUUGAACAGCGAUGGCAGGGCAGCUCGGAGGAUCCCCCGCCCGAGCUCCUUCUUCAAGGUGCGCCUGCUGGGACUGCCUACACAGGUCCUAAUGUUCCUUCAGGAGAAUGUUUCGCUGGAGUCUCGUCCUCCACUCGUGCUCUCUCUCUUCUGUCAAAUCAGCCCUGCUGGGGCUCUAGAAACCAGCAGCCACUGGCUCUCGGGGUUAACACCUUACUCGCCACUGAUGGCACGCCCACGGUUCACCAUUCUGCCUCCCAAGACGCUGCUGCCAUCAACGAAUUCUCCCACCACCCGCCAUGGGGCUUCAAGGGAGGCCAAGCCACCGCCAGCUCAACCGAGAUGCUUCCCGAUCUGGGCUUAGGCAAGAUUUCGCAUCCUGCAGACAGUCACUUCUCUGGGGAGCUCGGGAUGGCUCAGCAGACCGAAACUGGAAGGGAAUACGUGGGACUGGAGCAGUCGAGGGGCUACGAUUCUUCCAUUCAGAAUGUCCACUGGACUCUCUGAUCUCAACAUCUUCCCCAUUCCCAUAAUUUCUAUCAGCACGUAGGAUGUUUUUUGUGUGGUGUAAUAUGUGCUCCUCUUAAUUGGAGUUAGAACAGAAGAUGACCGGAUGUUUUUUGUGGUGUAAUCUGUGCUCCUCUUAAUUGGAGUUAGAACAGAAGAUGAUGACCUUUUGAUUAGUGCCUUUGGUAGGGCUGCUAGGCAACUUUUGAUCAUGUAAUGCUUGUGUUGAAUACGCAUAAGCCAUGAAUCAUUGCUCUAUCCUUUCUGGUUUCCAGUAUUAACUCCUCAAGGUGUGAUAGGAGAAUGUUUAUCUAUGGUUUUAUGGUCU